AGCAACAUGAAAAUGGGAAACCAAAGUGUCAUCUCAGAGUUCCUCCUCCUGGGCCUGCCUAUUGAGCCAGAGCAGCAAGACCUGUUUUAUGCCCUGUUCCUGGCCAUGUAUCUUAUCACCGUAUUGGGGAAUCUCCUCAUAAUAUUUCUUAUUCACCUGGACUCCCACCUGCACACACCCAUGUAUUUGUUUCUCAGUAACUUGUCCUUCUCUGACCUCUGCUUCUCCUCUGUCACAAUGCCCAAACUGCUGCAGAACAUGAAGAGCCAAGUCCUGUCCAUCCCCUAUGCCGGCUGCCUGGCCCAGAUGUACUUCUUCUUGCUUUUUGCGGACCUAGAGAGUUUCCUCCUGGUAGCCAUGGCCUAUGACCGCUAUGUGGCCAUUUGCUUUCCCCUGCACUACACCACCAUCAUGAGCCCCAAGCUCUGUCUCUCCUUGGUGGUGCUGUCCUGGGUCCUGACCACUUUUAUCUCUUUAUUGCACACCCUACUCAUGGCUCGCCUGUCCUUCUGUGCUGAUAAUGUGAUUCCUCACUUUUUCUGUGACAUGUCAGCUCUGCUAAAGUUGGCCUGCUCUGACAUUCAUUUAAAUGAAAUGGUGAUAUUUAUUUUGGGGGGUCUUGUCGUUAUUGUUCCAUUUCUGUUGAUCUUUUUAUCCUAUGCACGGAUUGUGUCCUCCAUCCUCAAGGUCCCUUCUGCCAGGGGCAUCCGCAAGGCCUUCUCCACCUGUGGCUCUCACCUCUCCGUGGUCUCUCUCUUUUAUGGGACAAUCAUUGGUCUCUACUUGUGCCCUUCAGAUAACAAUUCUACUGUCAAGGAGACUGUCAUGGCUGUGAUGUACACUGUGGUCACCCCCAUGCUGAACCCCUUUAUUUACAGCCUGAGGAACCAGGACAUAAAGGGAGCCUUAGGAAGAAUCUUUUCAAAAUGGACAAUUCAGCUUUCUCUGGGAUAG